AUGAGCCAGCAGUGUGCCCGGGUGGCCAAAAAGGCCAACGACAUCGUGGCUUGGAUCAGGAAUGGUGUGGCCAGCAGGACCAGGGCAGCGAUCCUGCCCCUGUGCUGGGCACUGGAGAAAGUGAAGGCGGAGAGGCAGAGGAUUGUGCCUGCGUUUAAGCAGCUGCGACAGUACCUGGAGGAACAAGAGUGCCUGCUGCUGGCUCGGCUGGGAGAGCUGGAGAAGCAGGUUGAAACAAGACUGAAAGAAAGUGCUGCUACAUUCUCCAAGAAGAUCAUUCAUCUGGAUGGCCUGAUCAGGGAGAAGGAGUCUCGGCUGCCAGGACAAGAGUCCCCGCAGGACACCAGUGACGUUCUGAGCAGCUCCAGGUGUGAGAGGGCAGAUCUGCAGGGAGAGGAGCGGAGGAGCCACGAGCUGAAGAAGCAGCCCGGCGUCUGCUCAGAAAAAGCCCCCAUGCUAGAGGAGACAGCAAGAAAACCCCAAGAUGCUUUGACAACCUACUCGGGGGAUGGAGUGGAGAAAUCACAGGGACCAUACACAAAAGUGAAUGUGACUCUGGAUCCAGACACAGCUCAGUCCCAGCUCGUCUUGUCAGAAGAUCAGAGAAGUGUCAUGCAGGCAGCCACACCGCAGAGCCAGCUUGACAACCCCGAGCGGUUUGACCCGUGGCCUUGUGUGCUGGGCUGCGAGGGGUUCGACUCAGGGCAGCCGUGCUGGGAGGUGGAGCUGGGCUAUGGGACGCGCUGGGCCGUGGGGGUGGCCCUGGAGUCCGUCAAGAGGAAGGGACCGAUUGACAUGAGCCCGGCGGGGGGAAUCUGGGCAGUGGGCCGGUAUAAGGAGAAGUUUCAGGCUCUCACUUCCCCAUGUCCCACCCCUGUCCUCCCCGACACAGUCCCCCGGAGGGUGAGGGUCUGUCUGGACCAUGCAGGGGGGCAGGUGAUGUUUGUCGAUGUGGACAGCGAGGCUGUGAUUUUCACUUUCCAUAAAGCCGUGUUUGCGGGGGAGCGAAUCCACCCCUGGUUCUGGGUGGGAAAGGGGUCCAAGCUCAAACUGCCCUGA